AUGACCCCUGUAUUCUUUAACUUACUCCUCACAUUUAUCCUGUCACUACUCGGAGCCUUAAUAUUCCGAUCCCACCUAAUAUCAACCCUACUAUGCUUAGAAGGAAUAAUUUUAUCUUUAUUUACCAUAACAUCUCUGAUUACACUAAACUCCCACUCAAUACUAUCCUUUAUUAUUCCAAUCAUCAUUCUAGUUUUCGCAGCUUGCGAAGCCGCCGUAGGCCUAGCACUACUAGUGAUAGUAUCAGACACAUAUGGUACAGAUUACGUACAAAACCUUAACCUCCUACAAUGUUAA